UUAAUUUAGUAAUUUUCAUCGAACCCAUGCUGCGGUCACACUGCGGCAUUUCCUCAAAAAAGCAUCAUCAUUGCCUGGCGAAUUCGAGAAGGAAAAAGCUAUAAGUUAAUAUUCUGCAAGUACCUCAGCUAUUGAAUAAAGCAACAAGAUGUCCUCACGCUACGAUCGUGCUGUAACCAUAUUCUCUCCCGACGGUCACCUCCUGCAGGUGGAGUAUGCCCAGGAGGCCGUUCGCAAGGGAUCGACUGCGGUCGGAGUUCGCGGCGCCAACUGCGUUGUGCUUGGCGUGGAGAAGAAGUCGGUGGCCCAACUGCAGGAGGAUCGAAAGGUGCGCAAGAUUUGCAUGCUCGACAACCACGUUGUAAUGGCUUUUGCCGGUCUCACGGCCGACGCUCGCAUCAUGAUCAAUCGUGCCCAGGUGGAGUGCCAGAGCCAUCGUCUCAAUGUCGAGGAUCCCGUGACCCUCGAGUACAUAACCAGAUUCAUUGCCCAGCUGAAACAAAAAUACACGCAGAGCAAUGGCCGCCGUCCCUUCGGUAUUUCCUGCCUUAUUGGCGGCUUCGAUGCCGAUGGCUCUGCGCAUCUGUUCCAGACUGAGCCGUCGGGCAUUUUCUACGAGUAUAAGGCUAACGCCACCGGGCGAUCGGCAAAGGUUGUGCGCGAGUUCUUCGAGAAGUCCUACCGCGAGGAGGAGGUGGCCAACGAGCACGGAGCCGUCAAACUGGCCAUCCGUGCGCUGCUCGAGGUGGCGCAGUCAGGCCAGAACAAUCUGGAGGUGGCCAUCAUGGAGAACGGCAAGCCACUGAAAAUGCUGGACACCGAUGUCAUUACCGAUUAUGUUAAGAUCAUCGAGAAGGAGAAGGAGGAGGAGCUCGAGAAGAAGAAACAGAAAAAGUAACACCCAGCAGCUGGGACACUUCUUCGAUGGAAGGCCGUUGCAUUGAAUCGCUUUCCAUGCAUUCGGCGACACUAUCUGGUGUCGCCGCCCACAUUCUGUCUGCUCAUUGUAGCCAACCUGAUUUGACUUGGAAAACGAUUCAAAUUGAAUUCGGUGAACCGAAUGCAUACUUUUUUUAAUUACCACUUUCUAUUCUUCGGAACCCUGUAAAACGGUAUGAAAAUAUUUGAUCUGUAUAAAAUACAUGCGUCAUCAUACAUUAGGCGGAGCUCCUGUUG